ACAGUGUUAACAUAAGAGUGCGAUGGCGACAACGGAAAAUGGAAUCUCGACGUUCCGAGCGGGCCCCGAGAGCGGCGCCGAGGAGGCCGGCUCCAAGGCAGACGACGGUCUCACGACAGCGCAGCGCGCGCGCAUCGAGCGCCAGCGCCUGA